AGCAGUCAGUGCAAUGGGAUAGAGGAGAGCGAGGAGGAGGAGAAGAGUGAAUGAGAGCAGCUGGAUCUGCCUUCGCCUUGCCUUGCCUGUGUGCCCUGCCUGUCGUCUGCUGAAGCUGGGUUUUCUUACCGCCGCGCCACCACGCUGCACUGGCACGGAGUGGAGGCUCGGCCCAUUUGCAUCAAACGUCUGCACCCUCAGCACCAACAGGAAGACACACAGGACCGGUUUUUACACCCCCAGCAAGGAGGGAAAAAAAGACGGGACUAGCUCACCAGGCUUCUCCAUCAUCAAGGGGGGGGGACGCAGCAGCUACAAAAGGAAUCUGUCGCUACCAUUUAGGCACUAGCUGCUCCAUCAACCAAAUCCCCCUCCACCUUACCCCCAUCCUUACCAACACCGCCACCACCACCACUCCUCUCUUGCUCCUCCCUAUGUCCUUGUCCUCGGCGGCUCCUCUCACCUCCCUGGCCAGUAUAUGGAUAGAAGCUCCCUGUUUCAGCUCAUACAAGAGCAGCUGGACCCAGAGAACACCGGUUUCAUCCCAGUGGAGAACUUCACCAGCUUGGUGGAGCACCAUGAGCUGCAGCUGGACCCGUCCAAACUGGACAUGCUGUUAGCCCUGGUUCACAGCAAUGAAGAGGGACAGGUGUGCUACCAGGAGCUCAUCGAGUUGAUGAGCAGUAAGCGCUCCAGCAGUUUCCGACGGGCCAUUGCUAAUGGCCGCCGCACGCUGCAGAGGGAGAUCCUGCUGGAUGAGACGGGGCUGGGUCUGUACAAACGCUUUGUCCGCUAUGUAGCCUACGAGAUCCUGCCCUGUGAGACAGACCGGCGCUGGUACUUCCAUCAGAACCGCCUGUGUCCCCCGCCAGUCUUCAUAGCCAUCGUCACCAUUGUACAGAUCAUCGUGUUCAUGUGCUACGGGAUCAUGCUGAACAAGUGGGUGCUGCAGACCUACCAGCCGGACUUCAUGAAGAGCCCUCUGGUCUAUCAUCCCGGUCACCGAGCACAAGUGUGGCGCUUCUUCAGCUACAUGUUCAUGCACGUUGGUUUGGAGCAGCUGGGGUUCAACGCUUUACUGCAGCUGAUGAUUGGCGUUCCUUUGGAAAUGGUCCACGGCAUCCUACGGAUAAGUCUGCUCUACAUGGCAGGAGUGCUGGCCGGCUCUCUGACAGUGUCCAUCACCGACAUGCGCGCUCCCGUGGUGGGGGGCUCCGGGGGGGUCUACGCUCUGUGCUCGGCGCAUCUGGCUAACGUCGUCAUGAACUGGGCCGGGAUGCGAUGUCCGUACAAGCUGCUCCGCAUGAUCCUGGCGCUCGUGUGCAUGAGCUCGGAGGUCGGCCGUGCGGUCUGGCUCCGCUUCUCACCGCCCCUGCCCUCCUCGGGGCCCCAGCCCAGCUUCAUGGCUCACCUGUCGGGAGCCGUGGUCGGUAUCAGCAUGGGGCUGCUGAUCCUGCGCAGCUACGAGGAAAGCCUGCAGAAGCAAUGCUCCUGGUGGGUCAUUGUCUUCUCCUUCAUCACCUUCCUCCUCUUUGCCAUCUUCUGGAACAUCUUUGCAUAUGAGCUGCUGGGGGUGCAGAUACCUCCUCCUCCCUGAUGAAGGCCCCCUCCCCCCUCCUCCCUCCUCCUCUUCCUCCGCCCCUGCAGGCUCUCCUCCACAUACACACUCCAGACUCCAACCCUGCUCCAAACAACGGUUUCCCUUUGACCAUAGUCAACAUCACAAGUUAGUCCCAAAUGAAAUGAUAUGAAGUCGUUGAAAACUAGAAAUCGACCAAGAAUCCUUUUUUACAGAUACUUUGCAAAUCAAAGAAAUACGUCUCUUUUAUUAAAGAGGGAUUACCGUAGCAACAAGUACAGGUGAACGUUCCUCAGAUCACAUUUUGAGGAGCAUUAUAUCUUUUGUAUAUGUACAUUCAAAUCAUCUACAUUACCAGCACUUAACUUUCAGUCAGCAUUUAGCAAUUGUGCUCUUUCUUUUCAGAGGUUCUUUUUCUAAAGCAUUAGUUGCGUCAUUGAAUGCAUCUUUCGUACAUGUAAAGAAGUUUAACUCCACUGGGAUGGGAGGGAGUGUGUCCUGCAUCGGUUACAACAAUGCAGAAAUGCUAUUGAUGAAGGUGAUCAGGAUGCCCCUCAAAUGAACAGGGCUUCAGUGUUAUUCUCAAAGGCACUUGUGUAGGGUAGACCAAGCCCAAAAAAUUUGAGCUGCAGGAGAAAAAAAUCAGCAAGAGCAUGUUUACUUUAUGGAGGCAGCAAUAAGAAAACACACACACAAGUACUGAGUUUUUUUUUGCAGGAUUGUUCACAAACUAAUUGAAAAGCAAAAACAAGAACAGCUUACAGAAUGUUUUCCUCAAAUUGAGCUCCUUAGUAAGAAAAUAAAACGUCAAAUUAUUUUACCCAGAAUGCAAAUGGAAUAAGAAACCCAAAUCUCUUGAAAAAAAAAAAAAAAGAAUUGAUGAAAAAGGUUUUAAAGGAAAGUCUCCAGGCUGUUUGUGGAUCCUCAUCAUCUUUUAGUUAGCUGUCACUUUCACUUCACAAAUAAGACAACAUCAGCUUCCUUUAAUUAUCUCCGUGACAUUUAACCUACACUGUGGAAAGAGAAACAAAACUCAGACAUCAUGGACGAGAUGGGAAACAAAUGUGACACAAGAGGGGGGAAAGUACCAGCUUGAAGUUUCCUGGACGGUCAUUCCUCGAGCGAGUGAGUUCCUCCUGUUGCUGUGUCAAACGCUCACAACUGACUUUGCUAGGUGCACCAUUGUAAAUUAUGCCAUGUCAUGGCUCUGUGGCUCUCAGCGAGACAAGGACACACACACACACACACACACACACACACACACACACACACACACACACACACACUGGCCUCUGCCUGUUCUCGCUGUGACGGACUGAACUGGGGAGGACGCGGAUGUGUCAUCACUUGACCUCUGACCUUCGUGUCCCAGAGGGCAUUGGGGGCCUCUCUUGGGCCCGGUCUAUACCUCAGCUUCUCAUCUUAGGGACUGUAUACUUUUGUAAAGGAAUGUACCUAUAAAGAAAAAAAAAAGCAGAAGAGUGUUAUUAAGUUGUCCCCGUUUUUCAUUUGAUAGUGGAUGUGUAUAUUGUAUGUUCAUAACCAAGAGUCUAUUUAUUUGUAUGUUUUCCUCUCUGAAGGGGAAAACAACAGAAAAUUUCAAAUGGUGCAAAAUUUAUGCUAUGAUUGUUCUUCUGAUAAUAACUCUUGUAUGGCUUUGAUCCUCUAAAAAAAACACUCUAUAGCCAUUUUCACACAUGCACUCCUGAAUAUUUCUUCACAAUUUCACACAGCUUGCACGCCUGAAAUCUUCCUCAGUUUCUUGAUGACACAUGACCUCAGCUUUCCCUGUUGGGGGGGGGGGGGGUGAAGAUCAAAACGAUCACACACCGGUCGUAGGAUUUAAACGUGAUCGCCUCCUCCCACUUGCUCACAGUAAUUUUUUUCUAAAAUAUUUCCUCCUGUAUUCACACACCUUAACUUCCUGUGGAAAUUUGACCAGGGGGCUGGCAGGAAAAAGUCCGGAUAAAGAGGAGAUGAAAAAUUCAGCUGCUCAUGUUCACACUUGCAGCUCACCCAAAAAAACACUUUGUGAAGAUUUCAGGAGUUUCUUGUAUGUGUGAAUACGGCUUAUUAGGCAGAAUCUUAACCACCGACGACUCGAGCUCUUCUGAUUUUAUAAAUCUUUAGUGCUUUACAGAACAAGCCAUAGAAAGAACUAUUUGAGUGGGUAAAGGAAGAUUAAAAAAGAUGCAGUGGUUUUGAAGCCUUCUGGUUGGCAGUGAAGCUUUCUUUUUGUGUGUGAUUAAAUAUGAUUUUGUUUAUUGUGAAUAUACCACAGCGGAGGUAAAAGGAGACAAACUGUGUGAGUACAAGCCUGUGAAGCUCUGGACCGUUUCAGAUAUUUUCAUGUAGCUCAUUUUAAACAAUUUUUACCCUUAAUUUGUUUCUAAUAGAUGCAGAUUAUUAUUAUUUUUGUAGCUACUGCCCACAUCUCCUCUGUACCCCCCUGCAGUGUGCAGAAACCCCGCUGAAGUUAUUCUUCUGCAAAUAACAAAUUCAGACACGGAUUCUGUCGAACAUCAUAACCUCCAGAGUGACUCAAGCUUUUGGAAAGCUGAGGCGAGGAUAGCAAUUACAUUUCCUCAUACUAUGUUCCAUUUUUCAGACUUUCAAUCAAUAAUUCAUCCGAAAUGUCCGCUGGCUGCCUGGGGGGGAAAACAUUUUAUGCAUUUGCCAAUUUCGAUAGUUGGCUAUAAAUACAGUCCUCAGCGUUUGCUCCGUCGUGAAACUGUCAGAAAUAACAGAAGACUGGAUGUUAAAUGAGGGAAUCUGUAGGAAAUAGCCAGAAUGAGCCAUUUCUGAUGCAUUAAAAGAGAAAAGAUCAGCCAAUAUGUGGAAGUAAUGGAUCCUUGAUAGAAACUCUUGUGUGCACUUGGAAAUAUUAUUGCUUGAAAUGGCAGAGAUACAUUAAUGAAUAAUGCAAACAUACCCUGUUAGCCUAUAAUGGAGAUAAAGGGGAAGUCUGAGAGGAGGUUAAUGUGCCUCCUUAACUUAAGAUUCAUAGGAACCCAGUAGGGUUGUAAAAAGGGCUAGUAAACUAUGUUUCUGUAGAACACAUUAACUGUGAAUAUUAGCCCACUUGGAAGUACAUGCAGGACAAAACUCGAAAGCUUGUGAAUUCCUGUCGCCCCUAAAACUUGAAUAGAUACUGGACUGAGUUCUCCUCAUGCAAAGUGUUCGAUGUAGUUAUUUGUUCCACGUUCUUCUAACAAAGCAUUAGCGUUAAAAAAAAAUAGAGAAGUGUAUCCUCAACAACCAAGUGGUUUCAAGGAAUGUUUUCUGUGUGCCAAAUCUCCUCUGGGCCCUGAACCUGAGCCAACAUCAGCACCCAAAACACCUUCCAGAAAAGUCCUCAGCACAGCACCUAUAGCCAGCCAAAGGAGAGGAUAGUCCAGACUUACAUCCUAAGGCAGAUAUCAUACGACAGUCUGGGUGUUUGUGAAGUAGAGACGACACAAUCAAAAGAGCUGGCACAACACCCCUCAGCGGGGCUUUAAAGCAGCGAGUGGCCAUGCUUUUUUAUCCUGCCGGGCUUAUGUCACAACAGCCCAGUGUCAGGAUGAUGCAUGUCUGUUAGUGAGGAUACACCAGUGCCCAAAGCUACACAGGACAUCUUCCUUUAAUAAGUUGAACUGACAGGCUGAAUUAUGCUGAUUUAAUUGCAGUCUUUGAGUGACACAUUUCUUGAACAGUGCAAGAAAGUCACAGUGAAGGUUAGUGCUCACUCAUACUUGAGCCCUUGUUGCUGUUAAAGCACCCUAUAUAUAUAUAUAUAUAU